ACCGGACGCUUCAGUCGAUCGCGAGCUGUGCCAGUGGGUGGAAGCGUUUUUUUCCCCGAACCCGAUCUUCGCGUGUGUACGCGCCUUCUGUUUUUAACGACUGCUGGUGUUGUUGUUGUUGUUGAGUUAGUGUGUUCAGUUUUUCCACCUUGUGAAGUGAUAAAAUAGUGUUUGUGUCCCGAAGUGCCUGGUCAUUGCAAAAGCUAAGUGAUUCGAUACCGAGUGACUGACUUGUUGUGGUCGGUUUUUUUUUGUUUUGGCAGUGUUAUUGUUGCUGAAAGAGAGCGGAAUCGUCGAAGAACUCAUACCCGUGAACAGAUAACUACCAUAUCUUGAAGGUCCUCUAAAAAAGCUCGCUAAGAUGGGAUCAGGCGGCAGAAUGGACUGCUGCGGGCAGUGCGUCAAAUACAGCAUGUUCAUAUCGAAUUUUGUCAUUUUUGUCGGCGGUGCCAUCGUGUUCGGACUCGGCGUUUGGACCAUGGUCGACAAGAACUUCAUCAACGAGCUGCUCGGUACGAAUCUGUUCUCGGGUGCCGUUUACGUACUGAUCGCGACAUCGGCCCUCGUCUGUUUGCUGUCGUUCUUCGGAUGCAUCGGGGCGGCCAAGGAGUACAAAUGCAUGCUGCUCACGUACUUCAUUUUGAUUUUCAUGAUCUUUGUAACGAUGCUGAUCGGAGGCAUCCUGGGGUACGUUUUCCGUGAGAAGGUUUCCCAGACUAUGCAGCAGGAGAUGCGUUCCUCGAUGACGUUCUACGGUGCCUAUGGCAAACGAUCCAUUACCCAGGCUUGGGAUGUGACCCAGGAAAGGCUCGAGUGCUGCGGCGUCAAGAACUACCACGACUGGAGUGGAACGAUCCCGAAAUCCUGCUGCAAGAAGACCUACAAUGACUACAAACCGUGCCAGGACAGUCCGAUUCCGGAGAACAUUCACAUCCAGGGUUGCUUGGACAUAACCUCCAAUGUGAUCCGGGACAAUGCGGCCGUCAUUGGAGGGGCAGGGAUCAUAGUGGCGAUACUGAUCAUAUUCGGGAUGAUAUUCUCUUGUGCCUUGUUCCGUAUGAUAGAAUAGCCUUGUUUUAGUGUACUUUAAGUUGUGCUCUGCUUGUGAUUGUGCUUCUCGUAGUUCUUUGUUUGCUGAAGAACUGCCCAAGAAAUGCCUCAGUCAGAUUAUAUGUUGUAAUCAUUUAUUUUCUUUCUCGCUUCAUCUGCCUAACGUUUGUCUUCUAUUACCUGAUAAAAAAAAUCAAAGAAAGUACAAUGAUAGGCAUCGUAUUUUAUUUUUUAAAUUUUCAAUUACGUAUCUGCCAAUCUGCUUCGUUAGGCCUUUUUUUUUUAUUGUGAAACUUGAAUUACAUUUAAUGAAGCUAGAUGAGAAAUACAUCUCUUCAAACGGAAACUGUAUCUUGGAAUCUCUCAAUGUAUAUAGUAAAAUGCACCAUGCAUUUAAAACAACCAUUAAAAGAAACACAUACAAAAAAAAUGGACAAAAACAUUACACCGUAAGUGCUUUGUAACACACACACGAGAAAAAAAUCAACGCGCACUGUUUCUAAUAAGUAUAUUUUAAAAAGUUUUAAGCGUAAGGGCAGUGAAGGGCAGAAGCCAACAAAUAAGCUGUACUACUAAGCCUAGUUUAAACAUAUUUUCAUUCCAUCCAGCCAGCAGUCUCAGAGAAGCUUGAGAUUCACAUUUUACCAACUCUCAUAUGUACGUGUCAUUGUGAAAGUCCGUAAUUUAAAUCGACAACUGAUAAAAUAAAAAAGUAUUUAAAAACA